AAAACAUAAACUACUCCUCCAAAUGCUUCCGUUCCGUUUGCUUUGGUCGUAUCUUGAUGCGGUCUGUAUUUCAUGGUGGAGUCGAAGGUUAGAAGUAACAGUGAGUAGCUAGCUAGCUAGCAGCAGUGGGAACUACCCAGGAAGAAGACAGCCGUUGCACUGACUGUACAAUAAAUAGUAUAAUUUAAUGUCUAUCGUCCUGGGUUUACCAUUGAGUUAUAAUUAAUCUGUAAUAGAGGCCGGUUUCGAAAGGCACAUGCGACGUGGAAAAUACAUGCAACAAAGGUGGAAUAUAUGAAGGAAGAGGUGGAGGGAUCCCCUGAAGAUGAUGAGGCGACUGAACCGGAAGAAGGCCCUCCAUUUGGUUCAAGAGCUGGAUGCUUUCCCUAAAGUUCCUGAAAGCUAUGUGGAGACAACAGCAAGUGGAGGAACAGUUUCUUUAAUAGCCUUUACAACCAUGGCUGUGUUAGCCAUUCUGGAGUUCUUUGUGUAUCAGCAUACCUGGAUGAAAUAUGAAUAUGAAGUCGACAAAGAUUUUUCCAGUAAAUUAAGAUUAAAUAUAGAUGUCACUGUUGCUAUGAGAUGCCAAUAUAUUGGUGCAGAUGUGUUAGAUUUAGCAGAAACAAUGGUAGCAGCAUCAGAUGGUCUAACAUAUGAACCAGUUCAUUUUGACCUGUCACCUCUGCAAAGAAUUUGGCAAAGAACACUGCUACACAUUCAGAGUCGACUGCAAGAAGAGCAUUCGCUUCAAGAUGUUUUAUUUAAAAGUGUUUUUAAAGGAGCUCCAACAUCCUUGCCUCCCAGGGAAGAUAAUCCUUCACAGCCCCCCAAUGCUUGCAGGAUACAUGGACACCUGUAUGUCAACAAAGUUGCAGGGAAUUUUCACAUAACAGUGGGCAAGGCAAUUCCUCACCCGCGAGGCCAUGCUCAUUUAGCAGCUCUUAUUAGCCAUGAUACUUACAACUUUUCACAUCGAAUAGAUCACUUAUCUUUUGGGGAGGAAGUUCCAGGAAUUAUUAAUCCUUUGGAUGGAACAGAAAAAAUCUCUGUAGAACAUAAUCGCAUGUUCCAGUACUUCAUCACAAUUGUGCCAACGAAGCUAAAAACAUACAAGAUCUCCGCAGAUACUCACCAGUUUUCGGUCACAGAACAGGAACGUGUAAUAAACCAUGCAACAGGCAGUCAUGGUGUAUCGGGGAUAUUCAUGAAAUACGACAUUAAUUCACUCAUGGUGACAGUGACAGAGCAACACAUGCCAUUCUGGCAGUUCCUCGUCCGCCUCUGUGGCAUUAUUGGAGGGAUCUUCUCAACAACAGGAAUGGUACAUGGACUUGUUGGCUUCUUAGUGGACAUUGUCUGUUGUCGUUUUAAACUAGGUACUUACAAGCCUAAAGAUGUCAGUCCCCUGGAUGGACAUGUGAAUAACCACACACCUCUGAUAACAGAAAACAACAAGCACUAGCUUAUAAACCAUCAUUCUCUUCCUUGUCAGAAAUUUCUUCCAAUUUUUAUAUGCAGUGCAGUGGUAUCACAAAGAAAUACAACUUUUGAAAAAGAAAACAUUUGGGUACUUUUUUUGUAGAUUGAAAAUUUCUAAUGAUCUUUAAUUUUGGGGGAGGGUGGGACCAUCACUGAAAAAAUAACAGACAGAUUUAAAGAUGCCUGGAUAUAUCUUUAACAGAAUAGGGAAUCUUCCGUCUUGAUUUUCACCCAAGAUAAAGCAUAUCAUUUUGAGUGUCCAUGUUCAUAAUAAUGUAUUUAAUAAGCAGUUGGCACCACAAGUUGUAGAUCCAAAAGUCAGUUAUCCACAAGGCAGCCUGUUAAUAUUAAACUGAUUUUAAUGGUAACAUAGUGAAACAUAUGCAAGGUUACAAAGAAUAUUCUGAAAAAUGAUGGUUGCAUCUGUACCUUUUUAAAAAAGAACAGUAUUUUGUCAAGUCUUUUAUCGGUUUCACCUGCCAACUGUAAUAAAUGUUGAACAGAACAGUCCUUGAAAGUAAGUUGUUGCCUGUGCGGUAUUGACGUGUCAUGAUUUAAAAGAGAAAUUUCACAGAAGUUAUACUGACAUUAGAUAAGAGGCGCCAGAACAAAAGCGAUCUAAACCUGAACAUAUGGGCCUGGAGGACAAACCGCUUCUGACUUUUGAAAAAUGAUGUUCUUGUACAGCAUGGCAGUUAGUUACACUUCAUUGUCCAGGAUUUUAAGUGACCCACCAAGUAGGAAACAGAAGCCCCCUAGAAUUAAGUCUUGUUUCACAGGAACUGUAGCUUUAAAGACGUACUAUCCCUUUUGAUACUGAGUAACUUCAAAUUAAUCUUUCCGUUUUCCCAAGGGAAAUAUUGCUAAAUAUUUCUUUUCUUACCUGUUUUUUUACCUGCAAACAUGAAAACAUUAUUUUUAGUUGGUGUAUAUUAAAAAUACACGUCUCUUGUGUGUGUUCUAUUAUUAUUUUUCUUUUUUUUUUUUCCUAUGCAGAGCCUAAAUUAAGAACAAAAAAGGGACAGUGCUGCUUUUUCAGGUUGUAUGUACACUUCUCAGUGUAUAGUAGUGAAUCUCUUGUUUGAUAAAUUAUUAAAUGGAAAAACUUUGGAACAGUAAAAUUGACACUGGGGAAAAAAAGAUAUCCUGACCAUA